CACAACAAGGUGGGUGGUCCUGGCUUAGUUGCGGAUCCGGCAAUCAAUGGAGUCAAGCGCGGGUGUGACGUGUGAAGACGGUCUACCGAAGAGUCGAGAAUCGAUCACCGAGUUCCAGGAACAGUGUCGUUGACCAAGUUGGAAGUGGAUGCGAAUCAGGGCCCAACGUCUUCUUUUUAGCUGGCGACAACAAAGAGGGUCUCCGUCUUUGUCUGGCUUGGGUGCUAUCGCGGGUUGCGGUGCAAUACAAUUGAGCAGUUGCAGUCUUGGAAGGCAGCGAAAAGCGGUGAAAUCCGAACGGCCGAGUUGGGUUGGGAAGGGAAAGGAAGGAUUGGGUCGAGUAAUUAUUAGGUACGGUGUAAGAAGGCAAGGAAUCCUUUUCUCGCGAGACAGUUCGUUGUCGUCUAACUGGAAUAUGUACUUCGAUUUGGAUCACACGAGAAAAGGGAAUGGAGCGAACGGGAUAAAGAUAAAGGUCUAGGUUGGAUAGGUCGGUCAGAAAGAAGCGGUAGAGGAUGAGAAUAGAAGACGAUGGACGGGAGUGUCAAUGAAGUGAGCUGGACUUGAACU